UAUCACAUCACAUCUGCCCGGAUGUUUACGUAACAACCCCGUCGCCUUACACAGGGGUCAGGAAGCAGAGUAGGCUCCGCGCUACGACAUUUUUAUUUUUUAUUUUUAUUUUUUUUUGCAGUAAUGUUCCUGUAACCUGGAGACGACCGUCACAUUCCUUCAUACGGGAUUUAUUUAUUGUAAUCGCGCGACCACAUGUAGCACAUCCUGUUUGUGUUAUUAUUGUUAAAAGGAAAAAGCGGUUGACGUCCUCACACAGUCCGGACACCGAGUCUCCCCGGGGAUGGAGGACGCGGGUGGAGCGGCUUUAACGGCGCGCUGGCGGUGGCCGAGUCGUCGCGCAAGGAUGCUCUGGAUGUAGAGGACGCCGCGCGCGCUCCUGUGUGUGUGUGUGUGUGUGUGUGUGUGUGUGUGUGUGUGUGUGUGUGUAAAUAAAAUAUGGGGAAAGAUCAAGAACUCUUGCAGGCGGUGAAAACUGAGGACCUGCUCACGGUGCAGAGGCUACUGCAGAGACCCAGACAGGGCAAAUCCAAGCUCCUGGGAUCUGCCAAGCGGAUCAACGUUAACUUUCAGGACACAGAUGGGUUCUCGGCCCUUCACCAUGCGGCUUUGAACGGUAACGUGGAGCUGAUAGCUCUGCUGCUGGAGUCACAAGCUGUCGUUGAUAUCAAAGAUCAGAAAGGGAUGCGACCGCUGCACUAUGCUGCCUGGCAGGGAAAAUGUGAGCCAAUGAAAAUGCUGCUGAAGGCGGGAUCAUCAGUCAACAGCCAAUCGGAUGAAGGACAGAUUCCGCUUCAUCUCUCAUCCCAACAUGGCCAUUACAAUGGAAGUGAGAUGCUGUUGCAGCAUCAGUCCAACCCCUGCAUCAGAGACCAUGCUGGAAAAACACCUCUGGACCUGGCCUGUGAAUUUGGGCGUGUCUCGGUGGUGCAGCUCCUCCUGAACAGCAACAUGUGUGCCACUAUGUUGGAGCCGAAGCCGUCGGAUCCCAACGGCAUCAGCCCUCUUCACCUGGCCGCCAAAAACGGACACAUCGACAUCAUCAAGUUGCUAAUCCAAGCUGGCAUAGACAUAAACCGGCAGACAAAAUCUGGCACAGCAUUGCACGAGGCUGCGCUCUGCGGGAAAACCGAUGCCGUUCGUCUCCUUCUAGACAGUGGCAUUAGUGCAAGUGUGAGGAACACAUACUGCCAGACAGCACUGGACAUCGUAAACCAGUUCACCACGACACAAGCAAGCCGAGAGAUUAAACAGAUGCUGAGAGAUGCCUCUGCAGCCAUGCAGGUGAGAGCGCUUAAAGACUACUGCAACAACUAUGACCUGACAAGCCUGAACAUCAAAGCAGGCGACAUCAUCACGGUCCUGGAACAGCACUCUGAUGGGCGAUGGAAAGGCUGUAUCCAUGACAACCGCACAGGAAAUGACCGUGUUGGCUACUUCCCCUCCAACAUGGUGGAGGUCAUCAAGAGGGCAGGACCCUCUACUCAGCAGUAUCUUAAGAUACACAUCCGUCCGCCAGCAAUUGGCUCAGUUGCCAUGGUGAACGGUGACUCCCACAUUCUCUCUCUUCCCCUGACCUCUCUGCCCCCUCCUCCCUCCCUGAUCUCUUCCCAUCAGCCCCUGUUCACCUCAUUCGGGUAUAACACACCCACCUGCAGCUCAUUUGUGUUCGAACCACCCUUCUCCCGCUCAGAGGGGCCGAAAAGAGAGAAAGGUUCCCGUGGUUCUGUGUCCAGUCCCCAUGGCUCCCCAACUUUAAGUGUGCAGCAAAGCAGUUCCAGUGAAGAUAUCUGGGUCCUGAGGAAGCCUUUAGCAGGUGCUGGCAGCACAGGGAGUCUGAGCGGUGGCCGCACUUCAGUCAGUGGUACUGUGGAAAAUGCCAAUGCUCAUCUCGCAAGCUCCCCUGUCCCCAUCCCAACCACUCCAACACAUUCCCCAGGGAUCAACACACAUGGCGUAAAUGUGCCUGGGCUACACGCACAAGCCGAGGGGAUAAAGUUGCUGGCCACAGUAUUGUCUCAGUCUGCCAAAGCGAAAGAACAUCUUCUGGAGCAGGACCCCAGUGCAGCUUCUUCACAACUUACCCAGAGUGUACCUGGCGGUCCACGUCCAGAAAAGAAAAAAACAUUUGUUGAUCCUUUACUACAGAGGAAAGAUAGUGCUGCAACAGAAAGCAAGAGCUCGGAGGCCGUGGCUGAAUGGCUUACUAGUGCUCAGCUACAGUUUUACACAACAAACUUUCUUACAGCCGGAUACGACCUUCAGACCAUCAGUAGGAUGACGCCAGAAGAUCUGACAGCAAUUGGUGUGACAAAACCUGGACACAGGAAAAAGAUGCUCUCUCAGAUCACCAAACUGAGCAUUCCUGAAUGGAUACCUAAAGAGAAACCAACGAACUUAGCAGAGUGGUUGUCCCAGAUUGGACUUAGUCAGUACUAUCAGACUCUUGUCCAGAAUGGCUACGACAACAUGGACUUUGUCAGUGACAUUACCCUGGAGGACUUGCAGGAGAUUGGCAUCACCAAGCUGGGACAUCAGAAGAAGUUAAUGUUGGCUGUUAACUGUCUGGGAGACCCUCUGAAAGAGGAGGACACUUGUGUUAAGGGAAUGCAGUCAGAUGAAAAAACAACUUUGAAACACCAAGCUGCUCCAGAAUCCACCCCUGCACCAAGGACACGAAGAGGAGUGGAAGUACGUGGCUCUCCACGGCUCACCUCCCAGGGGCAUGGUAAACAGCGAGCAAAUGCUCUGCCUCCUCUAAAAAAGCCUGCUUUGUGCAACAGUCCAGCCCACACACCACCACAUACACCCACUAAAGUCAAAAGUUCCUCCUCUCACUCAAAUUCUCAAGCAUGCCCAGUCCCAUUGCUCUGCCUUCCCCAUGAAAGCACAGCUGAGGAAGAUGAAGAUGGCACACCUCCUUUACCUAGACGGAAAGAUCCACCCUUCCCUGAAAACUAUACAGCGUCCUCCCUGGAUGUUGGAGGGGUAAACCGUAGCCAGUCCUUCGCAACAACACGACCCCGCAGGAAGACACGCCCCCCUACACCACCAAAACGCUCUUGCUCCUCCAUCUCCACGGGGAACCUGCUGACUGAGGGUGGGGUUAACCGAGGCAAGCCUUGUGAUUCGUUUCUCAGCGUGACAUACAGAGAACGGCGCCGUAGCGACUGUGGACCUGCAUCUGAAUCAGGGGUUUUAGGUGGAAGCGUUCGAGACAUUGCUGCCAUGCUAGAAAUGUCCACAUUAGGUGGCAGGAUCAAAAGUGGUAGCAGGAAUUACUUACAGGAAAGCCCGGACAUUCUCAGACGAAACCGUGACACUCUGAGUUCAGAGGAAGAGAUCCAGAGUCGACGUCGCACAAUCAGUGGCCCCUUAACUGAUUAUGAGAACCCCAUUGCACAGCAAGAUGGCAUCCAACAAGUUACUAAAUCUCUGCCAACUACUGAUGAAACAGAGGAAAAACUCCCUGUGAGGCCAACUCCAGAGCCCCGCCCCCGCUCUAUGCUGACACAAGAAGAAUGGUCACGUGUAGAUGCCACGGCGACCUUGAGGAGGCCCCGUACACCACACGACUUGGGCAGUGAGAGGUUCGGGCUCACUGAGACCAGCACUGUGAGACGACGGCCAAAGCUUAUAGUGCCAUCUCAGUCGGGUGAUUUAGCUGCAAAUGCACCAGAUGCUGCUAUUCAUGUAAGACCUGUAUCAGAGGUGGAAAAUGUGUAUCGGGAUAGUGAAAUGAGUGACGAUUUCAGGCGAGUGUUGAAGCCUCCAGUUUCCCCCAAACCAGCCCUGGGCCUCAGGAAGCUUGAGCCUCCCACUCCAACCAGGAGAGUUCCACUUACAGGACCAGAGAACCAACACAGCACAGUGGAAGUCAAAAAGGUUCCACCACCUGUUUCUCCAAAGCCAAGUCCUCCUCCAACACUUCCAAAACCAAUCAAAAUGAAGCCCCUGCCAACACACACAGUUACCCCACCCAGUGAGCUAAACACACACCCACUCCCCCCGACUGUUCCCUCUGAGCAAGAGGAUCAUGCCAUACUCAGUCCAUCAACUCCGACCCCAAAACCAGCAGAAUCACAUACUUUGUCCCCACAACUGUUGACAUCUCCUGCUCAGAGCCCACAAACUCCACAAACUCCCUCUACCCCCGGGAGUGGAUCUGCCCCAGUCAAACCUCCAAGAUCUUCCGCGGCAGGGCUGUCAGUGGACAUUCCCUGUCCUUUUGAGGCAGAGCCGCAAAAGGUGGAAAAACACAGUGAGGAUGAUGAGUGGAAAAGGCAGAGGAAGGAAGUAGCAGUGGUUACGGGGAAAGAGAUUGCCUCUAUUGAGGUCACAAGGGUCACAGAGGGGUCAGGGCAGGUGCUGAUGAGGCGCAGAAAAGCCGGUGUGGCCAGACAGAUGCAAAUUGAGGGAGAAAUUGAAAGCACUACUGAAGAUAGUGGUGCAACUGCAGAGGAAAUUCCACAGGGGGCACCAAAUGCCAGAGGAUCGGAUGAACUCAGACUUCAUUUGGAAGAAGAAAGAAACCAGCUAAGGCUGGAUGAGACCAGCGCUUCCUUAGCUGCGGCACUGGAGGUCGUAGAGGAAAGGAUCAUGACUGAAGACAAUUCCACAAUGGAGAAUAAAAGCACAGUCAACAUUCUUGAUGACAUUGGAAGCAUGUUUGAUGACCUUGCGGACCAGUUGGAUGCCAUGCUGGAUUAAAAAAAAAAGCACAAAAUAAAUCAUAGACAAAAUAAGCACAGCAUAUUCUUCAUCCAAGCGCCAGAUCUAUUUAAAGCCACGCUUUAAUGAUCAAGCUAACACAAGGGGAAUUACAAUAAACAAUACGAUAAACACAGACUAGAUUUUAUCAAAGAGAAUUGUGGACCUUCUGAAGGGCAGAGAUCUCGGGUUUAAAAAUGUGAAAUCAUUGAACAUCCACGUUUGGUAAAGGUUUUGGAUCCAGGAUGGAUGGACCGCUCUCAUGCUGCUUCCAGAGAUAAGCACAAUUAAAUGCUAACAAACUAUUUAAACAUUGUUAAGGUCAAGAAAUGCUAGCAAUGUGUCAGAGUGUAUGUGUGUUUCUGUGUGUACUAUGUUUGGGCUUUUCUUCAUUGGCAAUCAACGUUUGUGUAUUCAUUUUUCAAAAACAAUUGGAAUCACUAUUUUUGUGCUUUAAUGUGAAGUCGGCUAUGAGGUUUAGCGAAAAACGCAGAUGUCAAAGGGGAACACGGGAAAAGAAAAACAACAUGUUAAAGAAUAGGCUAAAGAUUGAAUUUCGCUAGCUAGCUAAAAAAAAACACGAGGAAAAGCCAUUUAAUGGGUUCCAUAUUUCAAAGCAAAAAAAAAACAAAAAAAAACAGAUGUUGUGAUCCUUCUCUUGUCACUGUAGUUGUUUGUGUGUGAAUGUGUUUAAUUGUGUAGUUUCUGCAUAGAAAAAAAUCCCAAUUUUCAGCAGAUAAAGCCGUGUAAAUUAUAAUUUGUCGUUCAUAGAUGCUGCGUGGCGUAGUGUAAAUGUGACAUAGAUUACAGAGUAGAAUUUGGAAUGCAACAGGCACCGCUUCAAUCCCAGUUAAUGUGAACAAGCAUUUUGGGCCGUAUUCAGAGUGCCCGAGUCCUGCAGGGUAAGUUAAUCAUAAUCAGAAUUGAGUUCUGCACCAGUUUUAGUCAGUUUUCUCAGUGUGAACCAUUCAGAUGAUUCAAAUCACCUGCCUGUAUUUCAUGACUCUAAAGUUGCCAGAUUUCCUUGAGUAGAGCGCCUGAGACAGCUUUUUUCAGCAUCAACGGCAUCUAGACCACUACUUUUAAACCAUAAAAAUGAACCACACUUCACACUCAUCAUUUAAGAGCUUAUAGACUAGCACCUGGUCCAGCACAACCGACUGCUCCCAACACUUAAUAAUUUGCACAAUUUAACAAGUCCUGAGAGCCGAUGACAGAAAUAAAUCUUAACCUGUGUUUUAGCCAAACUCUGUUCCAUGUGUAACUCUUACGUAACUUCUGAAUAGCACGUGAUUCUGCAGUUAUGAGCGAGUUCAAUAUUAAAUCUACGUUUAACUCUGAAUACAGUCCUCUGUGUGUUUGUGUGGGAAAGAGCUUAGGAGGUGUGUGUGUGUGUGUGCGUGUGUGUGCAUGUGGGCAGGGCUUUGGAUAUGGGUUUGUUGAAGAUGAAAAAUGAGAUGAUGUAAGUUUUUUGUUUUGCAUAUGCAUUGGCCCAUUGGAGAGAGCUUGCAGUCAAAAUAAUAGUGGCCAAACGUCCAUAAUUAAGUAUUUAUGUUACAUAAUUACAGAGCAAUAUUUCUAUCAACUCUCCAUGUUGGUAAUUUUAGUUUUAUGACAAUCCUUUAUCAUGUUUGAAUAAUUAAUUUUAAUGAAGUUAAAGGUGGACAUAAGAAAGUUAAACCUUAUAUCCUGUAUAAAAAAAAGUCUAUGUACUAUUCAAGUUAUUUUGUGUACAUGCUCAACUGGUUAAUGUGUUUGACCCUCUGGUGAAAUGAUC